UAUUUAUGUGUACCUGUACCUAAAUAAAUUUACUAACAGUGUGUUGCCCUGAAUCCGCAGUAAUCUGCACAAAAUGGAAGUAAUCUGUAGUAAUCCGCAGUAAUCCUGAGACAUGAUGAACGGUAGUGUUGUUAUGGUCUGGCUCACCUGAUACACAACACCUCUGGUGUGUGUGUAGGAGAGAAUGCCAUCACAAGCUAUAAAGCCCACAUCUCUUGGGAUGACAGGGAUAAGAAACAACGACACCUGGACAGAUGGCCUUCCCAUCUGCAAGCUCUCGGGUGUUGGCAUGUCUGCAAACCAAAUGUAUCGUGAAGAUGGCACACCUUGCUCAGAGCAUGAAUAUGAGGAUCGCAGCAUUCACUUUUGUCUUGAUCAUGAAAAUGGAACUUACCUCUAUGGGGUUUUUGAUGGCCAUGAUGGAGCAAAGGCUGCGUAUUUUGCAUCACAGAGAAUGCCAGCUGAAUUAAGUUUUGAGCAGUUAACUGGAAAAACAACGGAAGAGGAGGUAAAAGAAGUGUUUAGGGACGCCUUCUUGGCUGUUGAGAAUGCCUUCCUUGAGUCCAUUGACCCGAAAAUUGCAGAACGCACCCAAUUGUUGGAUAAAAUACCUGAUGGCAUGUCCCAGUUUGAGGCUGCUCAAAAUUUUCCUGAAACUGUUAACAGACUGCAGAUACUUGAUCAGGAGAUCAGAGGAGGAACAACAGCAGUUGUUGCUCUCAUACAUGGAGGAAUGCUCUAUGUUGGCAAUGUUGGUGAUUCUAGAGCUCUUCUCUGUAAGAAAGACAGAUUGGGUGUAUUGAAAGUGAAACAACUGACUGCUGACCACACGACCAGCAGCCAUGAUGAAGUACAACGUUUAGCUUCCCUUAAUCUAUCGGCCUCUAAGAUCCAAGGAGCCAAAUUUGGUAACCAUGAGUUGACAAGAUGUAUUGGCAACUAUUUCAUGAAGGGAGGUUAUAAGGAAUUUGACAUCCUCAGCUCAGCCACAGCUGAGCCUGUAAUAGCGGAGCCUCACAUUACAUCUAUGCCCAUCGAUGAGUCGUGCAGCUUCCUGCUUCUCAUGAGUGAUGGCCUCUACAAAUCUUACCAGGAUUCCACUGGUUCUGAGCAGAUCAAUAAAGAGAUAGCCCAGAUGGUUGUUGAACAGUUUGUGGAACAGCCAACACUCACCAGUAUAGCACAGACGGUUGUUGACAAAGUGGUUCGCCUUCACCACGAUAACUAUCUUACCAAACAAAGAAAUGUCACUUCCAGAGAUGAUAUUAGCCUCAUAAUCCGCAAUUUUAACUUUCCUCUGCGCUGUGCACUCACCCCCUCCUCAGCUCUUCCAGGUGGCAGCUCUCCACGUCCUCCACUUAGACAUCUGCCACGCCCCAGACCACAAGAGUAUUCAUCAUCAUCAUCAGGCAGUGAUGAUUUGACAUUGUGUGAAGACACAGACAUCUUAUCUGGCCUCCCAGACUCGUGUUUGCUUCCAGGUUCUCGUGGCCAAAGACUAGACUUGCUAGAGGGUAUCAGCAACUCUGUUGAUGACCGUGGCCCCAUCCAUCACACAGACACUAACACAACAUCAACAGAGUCAUCUGAGCUUCAGAAUCCUAGUCUUACUCAGUUCUCUCUUGAUGAGGAUGGCCGAAUUCAUCCUUAUGUGAACUUCGAUCAGUAUUUUCAAGCAAUUGAGGAGGCCCGAGCAGCUGGGCUUAUUACAGAAUCUCAGUUACAUCUCUAUAAAUGACAUGAAAGAAAUGGUCUGUUAGGACAUGAACUAUUUUCUUACAUAACCUGUUGUAAAUUAUGUUAUUAUUUUAUUCAGCUUUCUUGAUAUCCAUAUUAGUUAAUUUUAGCAUGUAAAGAAGGGUGUAACCCAACUCUAGUCAGUGAUUAAGAUGUUUUAGCAUGUAGCUUUAAUAGAAGAAUAGUUUUUAUAAUUUAAACCCCGUUGACUAUAAGUAUACUACACAUUUUAACUAAGUUUUUCUGUGUGUUAGGUAAUGUCUGUAAUUUUAAUGUUUUGAUUUUCAUUUAUUGAAUUUUUAAUAGGUAUAAUUAACAUUUUAAUGUAAAUUUCACUAUUUUUAUUUAUAAAGCCAUUUGCCACUAUUCGGCAGGGUAGCUUCAUGCAGCCUGUUUUUUUAAGAUACCCAAUCCUAUAUGAGCAGCACUGCAGUCUUUGAAGAUACCCAGUAUUGAUUUAUGUUUGAACCUUAAUUUAAAUUUCAACACUUACAAUUAUCUUGUGUCAAUGUCAUCAUUGUUACCAUCAAUCAUCAUUUAUAUUUCUUAUGUCAGUGGCAUCAAAGCAACAGUAUAUAAGAAAAUCAAGUUAUUAUUCCAAGUACACAAUAUCGUUGAUUCAUUGAAUGGAUCAAAAUAUUUUAGCCUUAAUUAAAACUUACUAUACAACAGGAACAAUGUCCUGAUUCAUGAGAGAAGUUGGCCAGACAAGCCAGCAUUAAAAUGAUGUCUCUUAUAACAUCUUGGAUGUCUUUCACAACAUCAAUAACUCAUAGAAGGUCACAUUGGCCACAUCAUACACUGCACUGAAAAAUGUGACAUGAAUGUUCUCACAACUUCACUGAUUCCAACAAAACAUUUUAACAUAUGAAAAGAAAGAAAUAUUGUGCAGCUUUUGAAACAAAUUGUGUUUGAAAAUACUGGGUAGUCUGAUAUGGAGGUACAUUUAUUGAGGUAUGGUAGAAACUUUUAUGAGAAGUUGAUGCGCUUAUUCAAAAUCAAACUGUAUAGCUAUGUAAACAUUAUGCUGAAACUAUAUCUGCCACUUGUAAAGUCAGUGUACUGAAGGUGUUGGAGACAAACUGAAGGAAGAGCCAUUGUAGUAAUUACCAAAUGUGAUUCAAACGGACCGCACAGCUUUAGUAUUCACUGAAGUUUCAGCAUGGACUUAAGAGCUACAGGAAAAAGUAUGAAAAAAAUUGCUUUACAUUGAACAGAAGUUCUCCAGCUUUUGUCAUAUGAAGAGGUGGUUGAUUCCUCAUAUCUCUCUCCCACCAACCCAUCCACUCAGCAUCAACUUUCACUGCUUAGAUACUUCAUGAUGAAUUAGUCACAAGUGCAAGAUACCCAGAUGUUGCACAUGUAUCAAAUUCAUUAUCAUCUUGGUAUUGUAUACCAUGUUGUAAGACAGGUCAUGCAUGAUUCUGACUUUUUGGUUUAGGGGUGACAAUGCAUUUUUACAUUAUUGUCUUUAAAUAUAUAAAGAGUGAAUCCUUGCAAGGGAGUUUCCUUGAUGCCAGUGAGGUCCUCUUGAUACAAGGAAUUGGAUUUAUCAUCCCCUUCCUGGGAUCAAACCUGAUCACCUGCUGGAAAUUACUGUGAUUUAUAGUUAUUUAAUGGGAUAAUAGCCCUCAGUCAUUGUUAUCAUACCUAAUAUUGGAGCUUUAAGGUACAAAAUUGCGUUGUUUGUUGAAGUUUCCCUGUACUGUACAUUAAUGGCAAUAAUGCUUUCCUGUUAUGUCAGGCAGUGUGUGGCCCUUUUGAGUUUACAGCUUCCUCUUGAAUAGAAUAAUUUAUGUUAAAACAUGUUCUCAGAGUUUCUGUGUAAUAGGAUUGUGUUUUUAGUUGGCUCACCUUAAACAGUUUAGAAGUAAUUAUUAUUAAGUUUUAUCAUUUUUUUGAGUUGCAAGUGCACUGGUCAUUAGAGUUGGGUUACUACAAAAUGAGGAAAUAUUUUGAAGUUAUAGGAAUAAUGAAACAUAUUUUGGAAUGGCAUUGGUAGCACUGUACUCACUUAUAUGUGCAGCACUUGUGAUGGUUGUAAGACCUUCAGAUAGUUGAUAAUUAUAGAGAUACAGCCUGCUGCCAGUAUCAGACAAAAUUGUAGGCUGCAAAUGCAGGUUCAUUUGCUGCUGAUUAGCUCAAAGUAUGACCGAGUUGUUAUUUGUACCUGUUAAUUUGCAGAACACAUGAUAAUGUAAAAAUAGUUUUUAUUGCAAUGAAAUUUUCUAUGUCCAUGUUAUUAUCGUAUCUAAAAUCUAGUCAUUCUCUAAGUUUUGUUUUAAUGCUGCCUUUAUUUAGUAUUGGUAUUGCAUAUUUUACUUCACAUGUUAAUGUUGGUUUAUACACUGUACAUCAUUAGUCAUUGAUUUUUAACUUUUAUAGAUGAAAAAACGUUUCAUGUGCUUCCUGAAACAGCUUUGCCAUUCUAAAUGCCCAUAACUAGUUUUAUGAGUAUCUGGAGUGACCCUUCAGAGUUUUCAAACAUCAUUCACUGCAUAUAUCUCAUCUUGUACAUACACACUGUCCCACCUGAACUCUGCAUCAUCCAAAUUGUACAGUCUUCAUGUGAGCUACUGGGAGUACUACGGGGUGGUAUCAACCUCUAAAAUUUGUGCCAAAGGCAUUAAAACUAGUCUAUGAAUUGAAUAAUGCAAAAUAUACAAAAAUAUUUUAAAAAUAUAAUUUUAUUUACAGUACACAAACAGUUUUGAGCCGUUUUUUUAAAGUCUAGAUGUUGACAUUACCCCUAAUAACCGCUGCACUUUAAAUGAAUUCGUCUGAAAUAAAUUUCAGAUUUACACACUGUGCUUAUGUUUUUUAGGCUGUGUUGCUGAUAAAAAAAAAUUAUAUGUAUGUAAGA